AUGGAGACCUCCACGAUCCACCAGGCAGUGUUUGCACGUUCUCCCCGUGGCGGCGUGGUUCCCUCCGGUUCUCUGGUUUGCUCCCUCAGCCCAGACAUGCAGCUCAGCGUCUUCCGAGGUGCUGGAACAGGAGCAGCCGUCCCUACAUCCCUGCUCGAACAGCUUCCGGGACAUCAACGCUCGCUACCCCUGAACACAGGUUUGGACAAGGAACUUCCUCCAGCACUACAUACUCAGGAUCUACGUAAGCUGGGUCAGACUCAAAAGGGGCAUGAACAGGUGUCAAGGCUCUACAGCAUGAGUGGUACCUUCUACCUCUACAACCCUAUGAACAGUAGGCCCCCACGCAUCUUGGAUCUUAUUUCUGCCCUGAGGCCGGUGGCGAAGAUACACCAACUGACCCACAUCCACUGGUGGACAGUAAACUUUGCGUUUGUCAAACUCAACUCUUUCCGCUGCUUUCUGCUCAGCAUAUUCUUUAGCUCUAGCAUGGGCUUCCUUAAGACGCUCCUGAUGCACUAUCAGCCAAUCAUGUUUCUUGUCUUGCACUUGCUCCUGCCCCAGCAGAGCAUCCACAGGGAGGCACUUCACUGGAACACCACUAAUCUGAACUGCAACUUCCCGACACUCACCAACCGCACGCUCAAGGAAUUGUUCACGGCUAAGAGUCUUGGAGCCUUUAGUCUUACCUCGGAUCGCCUGGCUCUUGGCUUCCGAGCUGUGGACCCAAACACCGACUGCCAUCACCAGGCCUGGGUGGGAGCAGGCGAGGAGGGGGAGGGGAGUGGGGGAUGGAAGCAGAAGGCAGAUGUGUUUACAGAGGCUGGAGGAGGGAGGCGAGCCAAUGACACGUCCAAAGGUGUCUCUCACUACACUACAUGCAUUUUGUUUAAAUGUGGUCGGACUUAUAUCAGUGGUGACAAAGUUCAUGUCACAUUUUCACACAAAUCCUGUCCAGUAAAAAGAUGGAAAGAUAAAAGACGACGCUUUCUAACCGUAGAACCAGCUGUGAGGACGGAAAGCACACCCGGGAAGAGCAGGAGAAGUCCAUUGCAGACCCUCUACAACGGAGACCAGAGCGAGUUGGCGGCUCAGAGGUCCCUCCAAGGUCGCAGGGAGCUGUUGGAGCAGGCGUGUCUGAGCCACACGAGGAAGCGCCAAGUGCUGUCGCCCGAGGAUCUCAAACACCUGAUUGUGGACGACAAACACGGCCUCAUUUACUGCUACGUACCCAAGGUAGCCUGCACCAAUUGGAAGCGCGUCCUGAUGGUCCUCACCAGCGACGGCCGCUACGUCAACCCUCUCGACAUCCCGGCCAACGAGGCGCACGUGGCGGGUCACCUGCGCACGCUGUCGGAGUUCACGGUGCCCGAGAUCAACCGGCGCCUCCGCGACUACCUGAAGUUCGUCUUCGUGCGGGAGCCCUUCGAGCGCCUGGUGUCCGCCUACCGCAACAAGUUCACCCGCAGCUACAACACGGCUUUCCACAAGCGCUACGGCACCAAGAUCGUCCGGCGGAACCGGCCCGACCCGGAGCCCGGGGCGCUGGAGAAGGGCGACGACGUCUCCUUCCCCGAGUUCGUCCAGUACCUCGUGGACCCUCGCACCCAACGCGAGGAACCCUUCAACGAGCACUGGGAGCGCGUGCACUCCCUCUGCCACCCGUGCAUGAUCCACUACGACGUGGUGGGGAAGUACGAGACCCUGGAGCCGGACGCUCGGGCCGUGCUCCGGCUGGCCGGAGUGGAGGAGGCGCUCCAGUUCCCGACGUCCGGCAAGAGCACCAGAACCGACGGCAACAUGGCGGCGCGCUUUUUCAAGCACGUCAGCCCGUUCUACCAGAAGAAGCUGUUCAACCUGUAUCGCAUGGACUUCCUGCUCUUCAACUACUCCACGCCGGAGUACCUCAGGACUCGAUGAGGGGGCGGAGACGAGAGGAGUGACAUCGGUGACACGGACGCGUCGUUGGGGAUGAUCACUUUGCACUUUUUUGGAUUGCCAUGCACUAUUUUUCAUCACAAGCACCCACUUGAGACGACGGCCCAUCAGAACACGCAGAAACACCAAAUGCCUUUUUUUCUUUAUCCGAACUGAAUGCAGACGUGUCUUUCCCAAAAAUGUGUUUGAAAAUGCAGUCUUUACAAACCGAUCCCUCCGGUUCACUGAGAAGUCAGUAUUUAUUUCGUAUUCACUUCGAUCACCAUUCCUCACACAGAAAUGACUUGUUGGACCGAUCUCUGUUGGCUCUGUUCUCAUGUCUGUAACGCGCUGUCGUCCGAUGUGCCUUACCGGCGUUCCCGCCGUGCCGACUACAGUCACAUUCCUCCCAGGACUAAUGAGCCAAUGAAUUAAAGUGAUCACACUUGUGAGGAGCGGGUUCUCCUCUCGCACCGGGGGCUAUGUGUGCUGACUGUGAAGCUGAACACGGCAGAUUCAAUCGAAGCACCUGCAAUAGAACAUCUGUGGAUGGCAUUUAUUUAUGUAUGUCGGUGCAUUCAAGUAUUUAUUGUUAUAGUGUGUGCGUGAGUUAGGCUCACGGUUUUGUGAAAAUGAAUUAUAUGUGAAAGAAGGGGAGUUUCUCUCUUUUUUCGUUUGUCGACUUUUUGCACAUGAACUCAUUCCAAAUAGAAAUAUGCUCGACGAUAUUUAACAAAUCAUCACAUCCUAACAGUAGCAGAAGCGCAAAUAAAAAACUUUGCCUGGGCUUGUCUUAUUAAACUUAAAUAUAUAUCUGAGAGUCGUUUUCCCAAGGCAAAGUUUGCAUUCCCAUCUUAAUUCCAGGGAAAGCUCGUUGCCAUAUCUGCUGUAUCCCUGUCUGUAUUCAGCCCCGGGCAGGUAGGCUGAACAAACAAGCACAUAGCUGUGGCCGGGGCUCGGUCCAGCCCAGCACGAGCCCUGGUCAGAGCUCCCCUUGUUGGCGUCAGUGCAGACCCACGGAGGGGUGUUCAUCCACCUCCAGGCAUCUCCACUGCAGAGCCUUGUUCGGCAAGUGUGUCGGAAUUUAAUAAAUUUAAAAAAUACAGAAGUG